AUGUACUCUAGUGAUUUGGUACCUACUGAUCAUCAUCAUCAUCAUCAACCCAACUCAUCUUUUUUGGCUGAUUUGCUGAAUGUUCUCUGUGGAUUCCCAAUUCUGAUGCCAGGAACUAUCCAAGUUUCAGUUAUGGAUUUCUGCCCUCCACCAGCAUCAACUCCUCCAACAUUGCUGACAGUUUCACUGGGGAAAAGAGAGUUUCAAACUUCAGACAAAGGGGAGUUUUCCUUCCCAUUGAUAAAUCUUCGUGACAAUUUAGUCGUUAAAAUUCUGGAUGAUGAGGGAAACGAAACAGCUCAGAAAGGCAUUCAGACUAUGUCAAUCGUCCAAAAGGUUUCUUGGGAUGAAACAUUUUUCUUUGAGGGAGGUGGAUUUGUUCAUUUGAAGUUGCAGUUUGUUCUCACUGAAGAAGACCGCACUCGCAUUCGCUUGAAGAGAGAAGCAGCUUUGAAGAAGAAACAAGGAAAUGUUUCGAAAAUUAGUGAUAAUUCAGACAUCACUCAUUCUGAUGGAGAUUCUGCAACUUCACUGGUGCAGGCUGAGGGGAAGAAAUCAGGUAGUCCUGAUAAUGUUACCUCGCCAGCCAGUUUAUUACCGAAUGCUGACAUUUCACCCCCUGAUCCACAAUCUAAUUAUGGAAGAGAAGGAGCUACUGUCAAAGACAAAAACUCAAAGUCUACAGAUGAAAGAGAGGGGGCAUUCUCUUUCCCUAUGAUACAAAGACGUGUAGUACAACAUUCCAGUGCUGAACAGAAUUUCAAGAAGCUUGAAACUGAGUCAUCGCGUCGUAAUGUUCACCCAGAUCGGGUCAAAGAAGAUUCAUCUAGGCUGGUACAGUCAGGAACAUAUGUUGCUCAAACAAACAGCUUAAUUUGUCCCGGGAAGGAUGAUGACCGUGAUGAUAAAUUGAAACAAGAAGUUCCACUGGAGAGAAGUCCUAGCAAUGUGAGGAAUUUAGUUAGAGCUUUUGAAAGUAGUCAAGCUAAGCAGGAUUCAAAAUCAUCUGUUAAAGUAGAAGCUGAUAGAUCAGGAACUAAAAAUGUUGGGAAGCAUGGGUAUCCAAAGGACUAUUACCCUAAGAAUUUUUCUGAAUCAGAAGGCAGGCAAAAGGAUGCAUUUGUAGCUGGAGACUUGAGGCCAACCUUGGAGAGUUCCAGUGAGAGAGGAGAAGGUACUGAUUCUGCUAAACGUUUCAUUGACAAUAUAGCAAGUGAGAUGAGAAAGACUCAGAAAAAGUUGAUAUCUGUACCUAUUCUGUCAGUAGAAAAUGAAUCAACUUCAGGGCUAUCGACAGGAUCGCCUAAACAGUUGGAAAGAUUAUCACCUACUGAAAAACCAACAGUUUCUGGUAGAAUGAAUGCUGACCCUUAUGAAGGGGAUUAUUCCCCUAGUCUCUCCAUUGAAAAACACUACUCAGGUGGCACUUUACUUGCAGAAGGAAGGGGAAGAACUGAUUCAACUAAAAUUGGUAUUCCAGUGGCUUCAAUUGAGAAAUCAAAAUCAUUAGAAUGUUAUGAAGAGGAGCAUUUUUAUUCUCAACAUUCCGGCUUGUGGAUUUUUCCCAAUAACGUGGAACCCUUGUGUGUCACAGCUGCAGGUAAGUGGGUAAGGAAUUUGUUAGGAAGCGGUCCUCCUGAUACCAAAUUUCAACAGAAGAAGAAGAGUUCCUCUUCAUCAAGAGAAGGGGUCCAUCAGAAGAAGAGUUCCUCUUUAUCAAGAGAAAGGGAGGAGGAAUUUAAACCUCAUGAAAGUGAGCACGAAAUGCAAAAUCACCCGGAAGAAUCUCAAAGCAGUAGUAGUUCAAGAUCAGAGAGGUCACCAGACAAUACCUCUGGUCGGCUUUUCGGACAGGUGAUCAAGAUUGCUAUCAUUGUGGGAUUUGGAGUACUUGUUUUUGUGACGAGACAACGGGAUCCCAGGAAAAGCAAAAGAGAUAGAGAUGAGCUUUUGCUAGCAACGUCAGAAUUUAUAAAUGAACAAAGUACUAUUGAAGAGUAA